CCCUCUAGAUUUUACUUCAAAACAAAACCAUAGAUAAAGGCUUUUCUGCUACAUUUUCUAAACCAAAAUGGAAAGUACAAUUUGAAGUUCUCCAACCUGACAUACCAAUUCUCUCUCCUUCUCUAUUUCUCUUUUCUUUUUAUUUUUCAUCUCCUUCACUAAAGUUUGAAGUCACAUCCUUACACCCUUAGUCACAGUAGAAAGUCUUUCUACAAGUAUAAACAGAAUGUUUCAUUCAAAACUAGUUAUCACCAAUGCAUUGAUGCUAAUCCUUUUCCUUUUCAUGUAUGAGUCUGAGGGUGCAUCAAAUUCUUUCGGUUUACUUAGUGUUGGUGAUGGUGCAAACAUCAAUCAACCAUUUGCUCAUCAGAAAGUGAAUCUGUCUGUGUACUAUAACAGCCUUUGCCAAUCUUGUGCACAAUUCAUUAUUAAGGAUCUGAAGAAUGUCUUUGACAGCAAUCUCAUCAGCAUUGUGAAUCUUCGGCUAGUCCCUUGGGCCAAUGCUCACAUCAAUAACAACAACAGUUCCAUAUCAUGCCAGAAUGGGCCAGAUGAAUGUGAGCUAAAUUCAUUGGAAUCAUGUGCCCUUAAUCUUUGGCAUAAAGUGGACAUUCAAUAUGAAUUGAUCAACUGCUUUGAGUUUCUGGCAAUUAGAGGAACCAUUAACACAUGGAAGGAAUGUUUAGACCAGUUGGGUUUGCCUAUGGAACUUUUUCUGAAUUGCUUCAACAUGGGAAAUGGGACACAGCUUGGAAAAGCAUAUAUUAAUCAAAUUGCACAUCUUUCCCCAUCUCCUUCAUUUGUACCAUGGGUGGUAGUGAACAAUCAACCUGUUGGAAAAGACUAUGCAAAUUUUACACAUUAUGUUUGCAAGGCUUACGGAGGAGUUGCUGUUCCAGAGGUCUGCAAAUCUCCUUUGAAAUGAAUGCUACUGAGAAAUAAAAUCAGUUAUUUAAUAAUACAGUGUGUGUUGGUUCAGAAAAAGGCACAUUGACUCUGCAUAAAAUGUUACAUCUAUAAUAGUUAGUAUUCAUGAACAAGGUUUGUUGUAGCAUGCAGAAAAAAGCAAAAAAUUAUCAGAAAAUCUACCUUUUCCAUUAUUAAACUUGCAUGCUAAAUGGAAGUGUAUUACUGAUACAUUCACCCUCUA